AUGGACCCAUCGGAUGACACCUCUGAGGGAGACGCCGAGAUGUACGCCUCGCUUCGGAAGCGGCUGGAGGAGCUGGAGAAGCAAGUGGGGACGAGUGCGCCGGCUCCGCAGGAACAAGUUCAAGAGCCGGCUGUCGCAGCAAACAACAAGGGGGCGAGAGAGAGGGAGUGGUUCACGAUACCGAAAGAGUCGCCAGAGGACAAGAGGCGAUCCCGCGCCCUGCUCACCAUCCAGAGCGUCGGCGUCAUCUCCGCCGCGCUGUCCUUCGGGACGCUGGCCCUGUACUGGCUAGCGGGUGCCGCAUUCGUCCACCUCGGUCCACGCGAGUAUCCCGGGUCGAUGUCGUCGCGAGGAGGCGCCAGCACGGCGCCGGGCAUCGAAAGAAUAGCUGCGGGGGAAGAUGGGAACGGGGGGGCUCAGCAGGCGCCGCAAACGAAGCGUCGUGCGAUGGGGGGAAGUUCGACGAGGGAGGCGUUUCAGUUCGAAGGGUUUCCGGACGUCGGCGGCAGCGGCGGCGGCAGCGGCGGCGUCGGGAAGGGCGUGGUCCCACCGGACUUCUGAUGGUGGCGGCGAGGGUGUUGCUCCUGCUGGUGUACGUUACGCAGAGUGGCCCGUGUAGUUAACAACGAACAGAACAGCAACAGAAGACUUCGGGUUCGUUAGCUUCUGCUGCUGCUCGUGAUGAUGACGAUGGUGGUGAUGAUGCGGCGGAUGAUGCUGGAGACCGUUCGUUCUGUUCCUUGGGAUGUAGAAGAACGUCAGUGAACGAGAAGUCUCGGGCGGUAUGGAUAUGUAUGGAUGUGGCCGGUGCGCAAAACCAGCCCAUGGAACGGAAUCCGUUGCUUGAGGGGACCUUCUCGGCUUUCGUCUUAUUUUUGUUUUCAAAUGGUGUCAUCAUCCCACGUUGAAUGUAUUUAGGCUUGCACAUAUGCAGUACCACCUGUGUUUUUGGUCCAGUUCGGGUGAGCACCAGGUGGAAUGUUUGGGAGGGUGGGGGGCACAGUGUGAUGUGGGAUUUGGUCUCGUAGAUGAACGCCAAGUGCACUGGAAGGUCACGGCCAUGCUUCCUUCUUGCUAUCCAUGGUUAUUUUGCUUACUCCUACAUUGAUCCACGAAAGAGAUAUUUCCUAAGAGUUUGGCUCAGAACGAAUGAGGAAAAUGGGGCUACGCACUUGCCCCGGAUUACUCUCGCUGCUGCUGUUGUGUAUUUCGCGUCGAUUUUCGUGGAGAGUUUUCGAUCGUGGCCUACUGCUUUGCGGCGUGGGGCCGGAGAGGCGGACGGCCGCCUCAUCGGCGACGUCGUCCCUUGGGAGUGGAGGGAGAUUGGCAACCUCGAGCAGAGAUGAGGCAAUGGAGCGCUGAGC